AUGGCUGCACAACAACAAGAACUAGAUGAGAAGAACCCAUUCUAUGAGUUAGUUGUUAUUUGUAGUACUUCUGGUCAAUUUGACCAAACCGUCAAUUCGUUCAAAGAUAUUAUAAAGAAGUCUAAGUUAGUAUGUAUAAAAGACUCUGAGUUGUUAGAUUGGAUAAAGAAGUACCAAAGAAGAGUUUUGAAGUACAAUGCUAUAAAUGAGUAUAUAAAUUCGAAGUUUAAAGACCCAAAUGAGGAAAUGCAGAGAAUAUUAGAGAAGAAACACUUCAGAAACAAACAGAAAGAGAUAGAAUACAUUUCGAAGAAAUUGCAAUCUUACGAUUGGAAGACUUACCCUCAUAGAUGUCUUCUUAUCUUAGAUGACUUUGCUUCUCAUCCUUUGUUAAAGAAUAGAGAACAAGAUAUGUGUCGAAUUCUUAAGAAGCUCAGACACUUUAACAUUUCAGUUGUCAUUUGUGUACAGACAGCAAAGAGUUUAAGUAAGGAUGUAAAGAGAAUACUUACUGACAUUGUACUUUUCCCCGGAUUGUCCGAAGACGAUUUCAUGGAACUUAUGAAAGAGUCCAUGGCAGGUAAGUUUGACAGACAUGAACUAUGGGAGAAGUACAAAGUCAUACAAGACCCUCAUACUUCUUUCAGAAUUCACAUCUACGCAAACAAAGUUCAAAUUGUAAAAAGUCAAGCGUAA